CGUGGUUCCGUCGCGACAAUGGAGAAGGAGAGGAACGAAAAGGGAUCGAAAUUUCACGACAGGCAAUUAUUGGCGGUUUUGGAUCCGUUGCUGUCGCCCGUGCUGACGGUCGGCCUGACCCUCGGCUUCAACAUCGUGCAAUUGAUCCAAUUAACAACCGACGUAACGGCGAACGAGAGAGCAGCGGAGAAGUGAAGGCGGAUAACGAGCGAAGGCGAGGCGCUGUCUGCCGUCGGCGGAGAGGGUGGGCAGGAGAAGGAAAUCCUUGAUGAUAAUCUCUACCCGGUGUCGAUCGGAUUCGCGAGGGAUAUCUGCUCGAUCGCGAUCCACGGGUUGGGCGCCGGCCUCUUCACCCCUCUGGCGCCUGUCUACGUCGGCCAGAUAUCGGAUCCAAGGUCGAGGAGCGUGUUGCUCCGCCUGAUAGACGUGGCAGUAGCAUUCGCACUUCUAAUCGUCAACCACCUCCACACUUAUUUACAUUGGAGAAUCAUCCGCGCCGUCGUGGAAUCGUUCAAGAUCGACGACUUGAUCGUGCUCGCGCUCAGAUCGAUCAGGAGACUUUUGAGAAGUUUCGGGAUCAAGGUACAGGGAGUUUAUAUAAUUUACAGUCUGUUGGUGAUAGUGCUCUCUUGGACCAACGGGAACAACGAGACUCUGCCGCGGAUAGGAGCGACGUUCGACGAUGAAUUCGAGGAUUCCGAUUCUGAAACGAUCUAGGAAAGGAACA